UGGAUAUUGAGUUGUGCAUUUGCCAGCGGUGUAGCGCGCGUAUCGUCAACUUGUAACUUACGUUUUUGUUUCUUCGAACCAAGUAGUAAUAACAAUAAAAUUUUGGUUAACAUUAUUAUUAUGGCUUUAUACAAUUAACGAAAAUUAUUUUUAAUUAAAACUCAGAGUAAACAGUGUAUCUUAAUAUUGUUAAAAAACGACAAAAGUAUUAAAUGAAAGCAAACAUCGUAUAUUACGUGAAGUAUAAUAUCUAGAAAAAAAUAACAACAUAGGUACCUACAUAAAAAAUAUAUAAGCAGGUUUCCUAUGAAAAUUUGAAUUGAAUUACCAAUUUACUUGGUUGAUAUUAAACAAAAAAAUAGAAAUCAUAAUAAAGAGGUGUAAAUUAAAAAUAUAUUUUUAUAUGUGAACUUUGUGCACUGGUGCAAUUGAUUAGUUUACGAUUGUAAAGCAUACGCAAAGUGUGGUGGUAAUUUUUCCGUUCUAUGCGAUUUUGAAUUAACGCCACUCGAAGAGCUCAGCCGCAUGUGGAUUACAUUACAACUUAAAUGGAUUAUUUACAUUGGCAUUAAAUAAACAAAUUUUAUGAGGAAUCUGCGAAAAUAAACUUGUGUCCGCUUAAAUACGGAAUCAAGAUAUAAGAGUACAGGCAGUGAAGAUAAAUUCAACUAUUCAAACAACAUUCACAUCUCCCUCGGAAUAUUCCUAAGCAUCAUAGCACGCCCCUCUCCCACAAAAACACGCCUAACACCCAGUGCAGGAGUGCUAACAUUAAUCAUAAUCACUUGUAGAUGGGGAGCAAAACAGAAUAGAAAUUCCAAGAGAAUAGAAUUGAAAACGACAAGAACAGCAGCCAGAAGGAAUUUGCUAAAGAUAAACGGAAACAAACAUACGCAGCAUAGAGGUGUAUUUACGAACGAACAUUACGAUAAGUCCACAAAUAGCUGAGAGCGCAAAAAGGAAUCCUCUUUGGAAGAGCGGGAGGAAGACAGCCAGUCUUAAGAUUACAGUUAAUUUCUUUAAGGUCGUUGAAAUAGGAAUAUAAAAAACAACAUUAAAUGUAAUUAGUGCCUCUUGUAUUAACACAAUCACGAACUCACACGAACAUACUAGACACAGAAGAAAAAGGGAAUGUAUAAUCACAACAGACUUGCCGACGUUUAGAUGGAGCGAGAAUAACGUCAACAAUAGUAACGCAGCCAUCCCCACAUGAAUCACAUGGAAUUCUUCUCCAGAAAGAAGUAGAAAAAAAAACAGCACGCAAUCUAAAUGAAAGAAUAGUUACAUUAAUAACUCACCAAACAACAAUCGAACAAAUUUACGGAAAGAUUGGGACAUCUUGUCGCUUUUCACGAUAACAUCACAAUCCGUAGUGGAAUAUCAAAAGAUGGCAUCGUUUAACAAACUUUUCUGCAAGUGCAGCUUUUUUAUCGGGCUCAUUGUAGUAUUAUUGACGGCCAUGAAAACUGGUGCUGGCGUCGCGGAUGCUGCGGUACUAUCACCACAAUCGUCGUACAGCAAUUUAGAGUAUGAAACAGCUAUGAAUUGGGAUCAUGCCGUUGAUUUGAAUGAGGAUUUUCGCGUUUACUGGACAAUCAUUAAUCAGGAUAUAACUUUUGAAAUCCAAGUACGAACCUUGGGUUAUGUAGGUUUCGGGUUUUCAAGGGACGGCAAACAAAUUGGUGCCGAUAUGGCGGUCGGCUGGGUAAAUGACGGUCACACUUUUUUCCAGGAUCGCUAUGUUGAUGUUGGUUCUGCCGAGCCCCAAAUUGACCCCUCACAAGACUACAGUCUUAUGAAAGGAUAUGAAAAUAGCACUCAUACCGUUCUACGGUUUCGCAGAAAGCUCGAUACUUGUGAUAAUAAACAUGACAUUGUCAUUUCUAACAACACAAUGCGGGUAAUGUUUAUGUACUUUGAUGAGGAUCCCGCAAUAGGUUCGCAUGCAUUGUCACCCCUUCCGAAUCCAGCGGAAGCUUGGAGACCCUAUCGUUCCUUACUUUUGCUACAAAGAACUGAUUCUGGUUUGCCUCACUACGAGCCAUCAGGCCGUAUUCUGGAGUUGCGCAAUCAAGAUGUGGAGCUACCAUAUGGCGAUGAUUCACAAUUUUGGUGUACAAUGUUCAAGUUAGAUAAACUCGAUCGGAAAUACCACAUCGUAAAGUAUGAACCGAUUUUUGAUUCCUCGUGGAGCUAUCACUAUUUGCAGCAAAUUACAUUAUACGAAUGUCAGGGCAAUAGUGUUAAGCUGGAAGAAAUGUCUCGUGGUGGUGGUCAACUGUGCAUGGGAGCCAACAGUUUAUCUUUAAAUUGCAAUGCCAUUGUUGCCUCAUGGACAAGGGGGUCAGAGGGGUUUGUGUUUCCCGCUGAAGCUGGUUAUCCACUGGAGUCCAAACAUAACAAAUACUAUUUGAUGGAAACACAUUACAGCAACCUAAAUGCUGAAUUCGAGCCUUACCAAACGCAUCGCAUGACCGACAGUUCUGGUCUGAAAAUUGUAUUCACACAGGACCUGCGACCACACGAUGCUGGUGUUCUCUCAGUUGGCAUGGAUCCCAAUUGGCGCCACAUCAUUCCGCCUGGACAGGACCGUGUAAUUUCACAGGGACAUUGUAUGGAAGAUUGUACAGGAUCCGCAUUCCCCCCUCAGGGUAUUAAUAUUUUUGCCGUCAUGAUGCGCACCCAUCAAAUCGGCCGGGAGAUCAAGUUGCGACAGAUACGACAGAACGAGGAACUCUUUCCCAUCGCACAUGAUAGCAACGUAGAUCCCAGCUAUCAAGACUUUCGACGUCUUUCCCAUCCUGUGCGCUCCAUGCCAGGCGAUAGAUUGGUUGCGGAGUGCAUUUAUGAUAGUUCGUCACGAAAGGCAAUUACGCUCGGUGGACUAACCAUGAAAGAGGAAUCGUGUACGGUGUUGACGCUUUACUAUCCUCGGCAGAAAAGUCUGACAACCUGCCACUCACUGCCCAGUUUGCCCACCGUCUUACAUUCACUGGGCAUCGAACAAUUGGCUAUGGCAUCGAAUCCGGUUGUUAUAGCAUCUCCUCCUGAAUUGGCUGGCAUGACAUUAGAGACUCGCCUGUUGUCAUACGAUUGGGAACAUCAGUUUGAUAAAUUCCAACAGGCAACUUUACUGGGAUCGUUCAAGCCGAUUUGUAGUGGUGCUCACCAUGAAAAUUUGCCAAUAUCUGAACACUUAAUCGGAUACAAUAAGAAUAUUAGCAAAACGUACCGGGAGCCACGUCGUUGUAAACCAAAACGACUAUUUGUCACUGAGACGAUACCUCAACUAGAAUUACCUGUUUUGCACGACUUGGAGACUAAUCACCUUAGCGAAGCAUCGGUGCGCAGCAGCCGCAGCUCCUUUAUCGAAACACUGGCGCUGAGUGGUUCGGAGUCAGCGUCAUGCAGGCAACACGUCACUUGGUUUAGCAUACCUUUGGCCAGUUUGAUCUCGCUUGUCAUUGUGUGGUUGGCCAGAUGAAAUGACAGGCUCACUGUCGACUUUAGUCAUUCAAUGUAAAUUUUUCGUUUUGAGUUUAUGUUAUGUUAUGCAUUCUUUCUUCUGUUUUGUUUUCGUUGCACGCCUGUUGGAUUGAUAAACCGCCGGGUAUCCUCUAAGAAAGAAAACCUAAUAAGCAAUAUUUUGACAAUGACUGUUGAAAGCAAUCCCCGCAUUUAGGAAACGCUCUCAAAGAAGCAUACAUAGAUACAUUUAAAGAAGAAUAUUGUGUAGUUGCUGUGUAUAAAUUAUUAAAUUUAUCUACAAAAAGUCUCUUCCUUCUCUCGCUCACUCUCUUUUUAUCUAAGCUCCAAUUUCACUAGUAAAUUAAGCAAAAAGAAACAAAUCUGUUUUCCCAAAACCACUAUAUAUUAUCAAAAUUUAUUGAAGAGAUUUAGCAGCAAUUCGGAUCCUACAAAUCAAUUCUACAGUAACGGCCAAAGAAGGGAGAGAACGAGAGAAGCAAUAAACACCAAACAAAAGCAAAAAUUGAUAAUCAUUAAAGAUAAUACAAGUUCCAAUCAUGUAGUAGAUUGAUUGGUAUUGCAUUCGUGAAUGUUGUGUGUAGUGAUAGAUUAUACAAAAAAUAGGAAUUAAACAAACAAAAUAAAAAGCUAAAGAAAUAUGCAAAAAAAUAUUUAUGUUGUAGAAUUACAUAUAUUGAUGUUGUGCAUGUCCAUACGUGUUUUAAGCAAUAAAUGUGUUGUAUUUUAGGAUUUAUCAAAUGUAGUUGUAAGACAUACAUACACACAUGUUUAGUAGUUGAUCAAGCCGCGAAAAGAAAAGAAACGGAAUCAAAUGGGAGUGACCAGCCCUAUGCAUCUAGUUUAAUAACUGCAGGGUUAGUUGUUCCAGCACUCAUACCGGAUGAAACAAUGUUGGUCUACCAAAGUACUGAAGCUGUUAAAAGUAAUUAGAUUUUGACGCCAGUUUGAGCUGUGAUAUUUUUAAGCAACACUUUUCUUUAAGUGCGAUAAGUGUAAAAAAAAAACAAAAAAAAAAUAUUUAUAAAUAAAUCAGAUGAAGUAACUAACUUAAUUUCAUAUACUAUACAUACACCUAAAACGUAGUCUUCGAUAUUAUGUAGUUUGUAAAUUUACCUAUACAUAUAAAAACUGUAUAAAUUAUAUGUGCGACAGUGGAAAACUGCAAAAAAUAAACAAACAAAAAACAUAAA